AAGUGACCUGCCUCAGUAUCCCCUGUAAGAUGGCACGAGUGGCAGCGGUCAGGCUCCUGCACCUUCAGUCCUUGCUGCGGCCAGCAGCCCUCGCCCGCACUAAUGUCAACUGUCCCCAAGCUAAGGCGGCACUUAUUGCUGCUGCAGCCAAACAUAUGUCAACAGCUCCUGUGUAUGAACACAUCCUGGUUGAGAAGAAAGGAGAGGCUGGAUGUGUUGGCUUGAUUAUACUGAAUCGUCCGAAAGCCUUGAAUGCUCUGUGUGCGCCGCUUAUGAAUGAAGUCCAGCAGGCAUUGACAGAUCUGGAAAGUGACCCCAGUAUUGCUGCCGUUAUUCUUACUGGCAGUGAAAAAGCCUUUGCUGCAGGUGCUGAUAUAAAGGAGAUGCAGAACAGAAGAUUUGUAGAAUGCUACGGUACGAACUUUCUUGGUAACUGGGAUGCUGUGAGCAAAGCCAAGAAGCCAAUCAUAGCUGCAGUGAAUGGAUAUGCUCUUGGUGGAGGCUGUGAACUGGCUAUGAUGUGUGAUAUUAUCUUGGCUGGAGAGAAAGCAAAGUUUGGCCAACCAGAAAUUGCAAUUGGAACAAUUCCAGGGGCAGGCGGCACUCAACGUCUUACAAAAGCUAUUGGCAAAUCUCGCUCCAUGCAGAUGUGUCUAACCGGAGAUAUGAUAUCAGCACAAGAAGCAAAUGCGUGGGGGCUGGUAAGCUCGGUGCACCCACCUGAUCAGCUUGUAGAUGAAGCUGUCAAGCUUGGGGUAAAAAUUGCUCAACAUUCUAAGCUAAUUGUUGCCAUGUGCAAGGAAUCAGUAAACAAUGCUUAUGAGCUACCUCUGAGUGAAGGCCUCCACUUUGAGAAGAGAUUGUUCCAUUGCACCUUUGCUACUAAUGAUCGUAGUGAAGGUAUGACUGCAUUUGUUGAGAAGAGAAAACCAAACUUCACUGACAGCUAAGGUUUCUGGUUCCAAAUAUUCAAGAGGUUCACUUUUUUAAAGAAGAGAAGAGGCAUGUCCAGCAGAGUUAGACUGUUUAUAAUGGGCAGCAAUAUUAAAGUAUCAAAUUAGAAUACAGUACUGCUCUGCAAAAAAUUAUUUAAGGAAGUGCAAACUUGAGUGUUGCAUAUGUAAUUUCUAAUAGCUUGCAUAAUAAAUUGGAACACUGAACAGAUAAAUGGUUACUAACAAAGCUUUAUAUGCAUAGUAAAAUUUGUUAUUUACAUUUAUUUACCAUACUGUUAUUUACCAUACUGUCAUAUAUAAUUAUGUACAUAAAAGUACUAAUAAGUUUAAUGUAUAUAACAGCAAUUUUAUCUGAGGAACUUUUGGUGUGAUGUUUAAAUCAUGUACGCUACUAAAUGUAAGUUUACCAUUAAAUUUGUAAACAUGAA